AUGACUAACCUCUCAGCAGGCUCUAAGCGUUCAUGGGAAGGCGGACAUGGCCCGGAUUCACAUAAAAGACCCCGCGAGCGCGAUGACCCUCGAGAUUGGAGGGACGCACACCUGAAGUCGCCUCGUCGCAAGACCUAUACUUCCCCAAGGGAUGGUCCCAGUAGACGUGAAAGUGCUGAUAGGCGAUCAAGAUAUGACAGCGAUUCCCAUGCACGCAGUAGGGAGCGCGAACAUAGACGGUCGGGCGACUCGGGUCGGGAUAGGGACAGGCGCGAUGACCGCGACAGGGUACGCGAGCGGGAAUAUCACGCUAGGAGGGAAGAGCCACGACGAGAUGGUCAUCGUUCGCAUUCUGUCGCAACUUCCCGUGAUGGUCGUGAAAACGGCUUUGUCAAGGUGUCUCAUAGUCAUGCCGAGGUUGAGCAUGUGGACUCGGAGAAGGAAGAGGGCGAGAUAUCACCCAGACAUAGCCCGAGACCCUCUUCUCCGUCCCAGCGGAUCGUCCCAAUGCAGAGCUUGCCCGAUAAGUCUAAACCAGCUCCAGAGAUGGAGCUCGAGCUACCGGCUUCCCCACCACCUAUAGAGGAAACAAUGGCCGCUCGCAGAGCCAAACGUCAAGCUAUACUGGCUAAAUAUGCUGGGAAUGCUAAUGGCGUAAUCAAUGAAGGUGUUUCGCCGAGCCCUGGACCUAGCAGUGCGGUUGAACCGCCUCCCCCCUCUGUUUCUGCUUCUGAUCCCGUUUCCCAACCUCACAGCGCCUUGGGCACACCUGGUAUACCUGAACUUGACGAUGCGAGCGCGAAUAUUGAUAAGCGCGAAUCUGCGUCAGUGUCUCCUACUCCUUCUGCCUUUGCGUUAGCCAAGGAACAAGAGGAUGAUGCACAGAUAAAGACGCAGGCGCAAGAUAGUAAUCAUGAACAAAUCUCGGCUGCGGACUACGACCCUAGUUUAGACCGCCGCGAAGAUGAGCAAAGGCGAGUGCUUGGCGUUGGUGCUAAAGAAGACUUUAGAGAAGACGUCCAAAUGAUUGAGGAAGAAGAGGAGGAGGAAGAGGAAGAAGAAGUCGACGAUAUGUUUGCCAUUGCUCCGGUGGAAAAGAAAAAGAAGAUUAAAAAGGUCAAGAAGAUGAAGACCGCAGCUCCAGCUCUUGUCACGACGACACUUGACUCGGCUGCGGACCCAGAAGGCUACUAUCAGAUUAUUUUGGGCGAACAGCUCGAUGGUGGGCGUUAUCAGGUUUUCUCUUCGCUGGGUAAAGGCAUGUUUGCAAAUGUGGUUAGAGCUCGCGUAUUGCAUGGAGAGGUGGGUGAAGCCGGUAAAGAGAUCGCAAUCAAGAUUGUCCGAUGUCAGGAGUCGAUGUACAAGGCCGGUUUGAAGGAAGUUCAGAUUUUGAACAAAUUGAAGCAAGCGGAUCCCGAUGAUAAAAAACAUAUUGUGCGUUUAGAACGGACGUUUGAACAUCGUGGACAUCUUUGCCUUGUGUUUGAGUCGAUGAGCAUGAAUUUGCGAGAUGUGGUCAAGCGUUUCGGCAAAGAUAUUGGUUUGAAUAUUAAGGCGGUACGCGCAUACGCGCAUCAACUCUUCCUCGCAAUGAGCCUCCUUCGAAAGUGUAAUGUCAUGCACGCCGAUAUCAAGCCAGACAAUAUCCUGGUGAACGAACAGAAGACAUUGCUCAAGUUAUGUGAUCUGGGUUCGGCAUCAGAUGCGUCGGAAAAUGAUAUAACGCCUUAUCUUGUGAGCAGAUUCUAUCGCGCUCCAGAAAUUAUUCUGGGCGUACCAUACGAUCCGGCUCUCGAUAUCUGGUCUAUUGGCUGCACAUUGUACGAGUUGUACACUGGCAAAAUCCUUUUCCCCGGACGAUCAAACAAUCAUAUGCUCUUGCUCAUGAUGGAGCUGAAAGGUCGCUUUAAUUCCAAGAUGAUCAAGAGGGCUAAAUUCGGCUCUCUUUACUUUGAUGAAUUAGGCGCUUUUCAAAGUGUAGAGAAGGAUCGUGUAACAGGAGCUGAUGUAGUACGAUCGGUCCAUAUGACCACUCCUGUGAGGGAUCUCCGUCAACGCUUAAUGCCUCCAGCAUCUGUCAAGCUCAAAGACGAUGAAGGCAAGCUUAUCAUGUCAUUCAUCGACCUUCUUGAUAAGUGUCUUGCCCUUGAUCCUGCGAAGAGGAUCACGCCGAAGGAAGCUCUCACACACCCGUUUAUCAGAGGAUGA